GUGUGUGCACGCGCAGUUGUGUUACUUCCUGUUCUCUCAGUCUUGUGACUCUUGUACAAACUUGUUUCCUGUACAUGGUCACUGUCAGCGUUAAUGUUUAACCUCUCAGACUGACUUCAGAUCAGAAGAUGAUUGACUGUGUGGAGGAAGAGGAGGACAGAGCAGAGUCUCUAGUCUCUGGCUGUCUGUCUAUGAAGAGUGAUCAGUCUAAAGAUGAUCUUCUAUUCUUCAGUAAUGAAGCUGGACCCUCAGAGUCAAAAGUUCAGUCCAGACAGAGAGCAGAGUCUCCAGUACCCAGCUGUCUGUCUAUGAAGAGUGACUGGUCCAUGUGGAAUCCUCUGAACUUCAGUAAUGAACCUGGACCCUCAGACACAAAAGAGAAGAAGAGGAGUCCUGCUUCUGUGGACGAGCUGAUGUCCAGAUCCACAACAAGACCUGGACCUCAGACAGCCAGUCAGACCAGAACAAGACCUGGACCUCAGACAGCCAGUCAGACCAGCACUAAGACUGUAGAUGUAGGUCUGCAGGAGGUUGUAGAUGAACAUAAGAUCAGUCUGAGGAGGAGAUGUGAAUGUGUGACUGAAGGAACUGAUGAAACAGGAAGUGGAACCCUCCUCAACAGGAUCUACACUGAGCUCUACAUCACAGAGGGACAGAGUGAAGAGGUUAAUACCCAACAUGAGGUGAGGCAGCUUGAGACAGCUUCCAAGAAGAAGACCCUCCAUGACGCUCCAAUCAAGUGCCAGGACAUCUUUAAAGCCUUACCUGACCAACAGGGACACAUCAGAGUCGUUCUGACGAACGGCGUCGCUGGCGUUGGAAAAACCUUCUCAGUGCAGAAGUUCACUCUGGACUGGGCAGAGGGCUUGGAGAACCAAGAUGUCAGUCUGGUGGUUCUGCUCUCGUUCAGGGAGCUGAACUUGAUCAGAGAUGAGCAGUACAGUCUUCUCAUGCUGCUCCAUGUUUUCCAUCCAACAUUACAGAAGGUCACAGCAGAGAAGCUCGCUGACUGUAAAGUUCUGUUCAUCUUUGACGGCCUGGAUGAAAGCAGACUUUCACUGGAUUUCAAGAACAGUGAGGUUGUGUCUGAUGUCACCCAGAAGUCAUCAGUCAACGUGCUGUUGACAAACCUCAUCCAGGGGAAUCUGCUUCCCUCAGCUCUCGUCUGGAUAACUUCCCGACCUGCAGCGGCCAAUCAGAUCCCUCCUGCAUGUGUUGACAGGGUAACAGAAGUACGAGGCUUCACUGACGCCCAGAAGGAGGAGUACUUCAGGAGGAGAGUCAGUGAUGAAGAGCUGUCCAGCAGAAUCAUCUCACACAUCAAGACAUCCAGGAGCCUCCACAUCAUGUGUCUAAUCCCAGUCUUCUGCUGGAUCACUGCUACAGUUCUGGACCACAUGUUGACUACAGACCAGAGAGGAGAGCUGCCCAAGACCCUGACUGACAUGUACUCACACUUCCUGUUGGUUCAGACAAAGAGGAAGAAGCAGAAGUACGGUGAGGGACAUGAGACGAGUCCACAGGAGCUGACGGAGGCUGACGGGGAAGUUCUUCUGAAGCUGGGGAGGCUGGCGUUUGAACAGCUGGAGAAAGGAAACAUCAUGUUCUACCAAGAAGACCUGGAGCGGUGUGGUCUGGAUGUCACAGAGGCCUCGGUGUACUCAGGAGUUUGUACAGAGAUCUUCAAAAGAGAGUGUGUGAUCUUCCAGAAAACAGUCUACUGCUUUGUUCACCUGAGCAUUCAGGAGUUUCUGGCUGCAGUCUACAUGUUCCACUGUUACACAAACAGCAACACAGAGGUACUGAAGGACUUCCUGGGAGAAGAAUAUGUUCAUUCAACCCUGGAUGUCUUCCUGAGGAGAGCCAUGGAGAAAUCCCUGAGGAGUAAAAAUGGCCACCUGGACCUGUUUGUUCGCUUCCUUCAUGGCCUCUCUCUGGAGUCCAACCAGAGACUCUUAGGAGGUCUGCUGGGUCAGACAGACAACAGUCCAGAAAUCAUCCAGAGAGCCAUCAACAACCUGAAAGAGAUGAACAGAUAUGAUACCAAAACCUCUCCUGACAGAAGCAUCAACAUCUUCCACUGUCUGACGGAGAUGAACGACCACUCGGUACAUCAGGACAUCCAAGAGUUCCUGAAGUCAGAGAACAGAUCAGAGAAGGAACUCUCUGUGAUCCACUGCUCAGCUCUGGCCUACAUGCUGCAGAUGUCAGAGGAGGUUCUGGAUGAGUUGGACCUGAAGAAGUACAACACAUCAGGCGAGGGACGACUGAGACUGAUUCCAGCUGUGAGGAACUGCAGAAAAGCUGUACUUUCUGACUGUUGGAUCUCAGAUACUCACUGUGAAGUUGUGGCCUCAGCUCUGAAGUCCAACCCCUCCCAUCUGAGAGAGCUGGAUCUGAGUCACAACAACCUGCAGGAUUCAGGAGUGAAGCUGCUUUCUGCUGGACUGAAGAGUCCAAACUGUAGACUGGAGACUCUGAGAUUGAGGGACUGCAGUUUGUCAGAGAUCAGCUGUGCUUCUCUGGCCUCAGCUCUGAAGUCCAACCCCUCCCAUCUGAGAGAGCUGGAGCUGAGAAACAACAACCUGGAGGAUUCAGGAGUGAAGCUGCUUUCUGCUGAACUCGAGGGUCCAAACUGUAGACUGGAGACUCUGAGAUUGAGUGGCUGCAGUUUGUCAGAGAUCAGCUGUGCUUCUCUGGCCUCAGCUCUGAAGUCCAACCCCUCCCAUCUGAGAGAGCUGGAGCUGAGUAACAACAAGCUGCAGGAUUCAGGAGUGAAGGUCCUGUGUGGUUUUCUGGAGAGUCCACACUGUAGACUGGAGACUCUGAGAUUGAGGGACUGCAGGUUGUCAGAGAUCAGCUGUGCUUCUCUGGCCUCAGCUCUGAAGUCCAACCCCUCCCAUCUGAGAGAGCUGGAUCUGAUUCACAACAACCUGAAGGAUUCAGACGUGAAGCUGCUGUCUGAUCUUGUGAAGAGUCCACACUGUAGACUGGAGACUCUGAGAUGGAAGUGGUGAUGAUCUCUAACCACCAUCAUCCCUGUGUGUUCCUCUGGACCUGACAGAGUAUCAUCAGUGUAUCUGGACUCUGUCCUUCUGCACAGUCUCUGCAGACACACUGAGACUCCUCCACUCCUUCUGCUCCACACUCAACCACCUCCUCCACCUGGACCUGGGUUUCACUUUGUCUUCAUUCAUUCAUAUAGUCUGAACCCAAAGUGCCUCUGCAGAUUAGUUCUGUUUAUGACAACAGAACUGUAGAUUAACACAUUUAAAUAGAUGUUUCUGCUUUGCUUUCUGUUGCAGCUCCACCCUGUGGAACGAUGGAGUUCUGCAGUUAAUUUCCACAUACUACUAAAUAUAUAUAUACCAUAUACAAUAUAUAUACCAGUACCAGACGUUUUUCAUAUUAUAACAUUAUGCUUGUAACAAACAUAAAGAAGUAGAUAAAACCUGAACCUGAGGCUUCAGUUUCUCAACUAACUACAAACAGAUUAUGUCUGGAUUUUGGUGGAAAGUCAGCUCCUUAAUAUUGUCUUUUGUAUGUGAUGUUUGAUGUAAAACAAAACAAAAAAAUAUCCUGACUAUCUGAGUUUUUGCUACAAAACAAAUCAUAUUUGUUAGUUUAUUACAGAUGUACGUGUCACCCUGCUAGUUUUCACAUUACAUGGCUCCACACAGACACAUGAAGUCAACCUGUGGAGCUUUUCCCCUCAGAAAUCAAUGUUGAAAUUGCCUCCACAGGCUCCAUUACAGUCCACCAGUCCCAGAAACAAAAGCCAAACACCAAAGUGUUUAUAAUUGCUAAGCAAUAUUGGACUCAUUCCUUAAAUUCUGCACAUUCCAGUGAGCUACAUGAGUGUCCUGCGUCGUUUCUUUAAUGUCAUGCAAAUAAAGAAACUAACACGAACCAA